AUGUCGGCCUCGCUUCUCCGGUCACGCUUCGCGGCACAGACCACCGGCGUCCUCGCAGCCCGCCAACGGAUCGCAAACGAACAGCGCCGAAAUGCUUCGUCGUCCUCGCGCUUCACUGGCAGCAGCGCAAAGACCAUCGUUUACGGCACUGCACUCGCGGCUUCGACCUUGUUCGCCUACUUCUACACCACCGAUACCCGCGCUUUCGUGCACCGAUGGGUUGUCCCGCCAAUGAUACGCAUCAUCUUCCCUGAUGCGGAGGACGCACACCACGCCGGCACCGCUGCGUUAAAGUCUCUCUACGCGCUGAACUUGCAUCCGCGGGAACGGGUCAAGGAGGCGGAAGAGCUCAAGGCGGAGGUAUUUGGGACGGAGGUUAAGAACCCUAUUGGUAUCUCGGCUGGCCUCGACAAGGAUGGUGAGAUUCCAGAUGUGCUGUUUGACCUGGGCGCAGGCAUUGUCGAGGUGGGAGGCUGCACACCUCUUCCACAGGGCGGGAAUCCGAAGCCAAGAGUGUUCAGGGUACCGGGGCUCGAUGGCAUGGUCAACCGUUAUGGGCUGAACUCGCGAGGCGCAGAUGACAUGGCUAUCCGACUACGCGACCGUCUGCGACGCUUCGCUCGCAGCAUCGGCGUCACCGAGACGGAUGUGCUCAACGACAAUGCUGGCGUGCCACCUGGCAGUCUGAAAAGUGGGCGUCUCUUGGCCGUCCAGAUUGCUAAGAACAAGGACACUGAUGGCAGCAACGAGAAGGCUGUGGCGGACGAUCACGUGUAUUGCGUCAAGCGUCUGGCGCCGUAUGCUGACAUACUCGUUGUCAACGUCAGCUCACCCAACACCCCCGGCUUGCGCGAUCUCCAAGCCACCGGGCCCUUGUCCCGCCUGCUCAGUGCGGUGGUCGACGAGGCCAGCAGGACAAGCCGCAGAAACAAGCCCAAAGUGAUGGUCAAGGUCUCGCCCGACGAGGACGACGACGAUCAGGUUUCGGGCAUUGUUGCAGCCGUGUCCAACAGCGGCGUUGAUGGCAUCAUUGUCGGCAACACGACCAAGCGCCGGACAGGUCUCGCCCCCCAAGGCGCCCGACUGACUGCGCGCGAGCAGAAGGCACUGGCUGAGGACGGUGGCUACUCUGGCCCUGCCAUGUUUGAGCGCACACUGCGCCUCGUCGGAAAGUACCGGCAGCACCUGCAGUCGUCCGCGCUCAAGGAGGGCGACGAGCAAAAGACACUCUUCGCGACGGGCGGCAUCACCAAUGGGCACCAGGCGCUUCAGGUCCUCAACGCAGGCGCGAGUGUUGCCAUGGUGUACACGGGCAUGGUGUAUGGCGGCUCGGGCACUGUCACAAGGAUCAAGGGCGAGAUGAGGGACGAGAUACGCGCGGGCAAGGCGUAA